AUGGGGGUUCCCUACUGCAUCAUCAAGGGUAAGGCCUGGCUGGGGCGCCUGGUCCACAGGAAGACAUGCACCACCGUAGCCUUCACACAAUUCAACUUGGAGGACAAGAGUGCCCUGGCUAAGCUGGUGGAAGCCAUCAGAACCAAUUACAACGACAGAUACGAUGAGAUCCAUCGUCACUGGGGAGGCAAUGUCCUGGGGCCGAAGUCAGUGGCUCGAAUCGCCAAGCUGGAAAAGGCUAAGGCCAAAGAACUGGCCACCAAGCUGGGCUGA